UGUAAUGAAUGUGGAAAAGCUUUCAGCCAAAGUUCACAGCUUACUCUACAUCAUAGAAUUCAUACAGGAGAGAAACCUUAUGAAUGUAAUGAAUGUGGGAAGGCCUUCAGUCGCUUCACGAUUCUCACUCAACAUCAGAGAAUUCAUACAGGAGAAAAACCUUAUGAAUGUAAUGAAUGUGGGAAGUCCUUUAGCUGGAGUACAGGACUUAGUAGGCAUAAAGCAAUUCAUAAUGGAGACAAACCUUAUGAAUGUAAAGAAUGUGGGAAGGCUUUCCAUGAGAGCUCUCAGCUUAUUCGACAUCAGAGGAUUCAUACUGGAGAGAAACCGUAUGAAUGUUUUGAAUGUGGCAAGGCUUUUAGUCGUUUCACAAUACUAACUCAACAUCAAAGAAUUCAUACUGGAGAAAAACCUUAUGAAUGCUUUGAAUGUGGAAAAUCUUUUAGCCGGAGCUCUCAGCUUACUCUACACCAGAGAAUUCACACUGGAGAGAAACCUUAUGAAUGUUUUGAAUGUGGCAAGGCUUUCAGUCAGAGCUCACAGCUUACUCUACAUCAGAGAAUUCAUACUGGGGAGAAGCCUUAUGAAUGUAAUGAUUGUGGGAAGGCCUUUCGUGAUAGUUCACAACUUUCUCGACAUCAGAGAAUUCAUAAUGGAAGGAAACCCUAUGAAUGUAUGUGA